GAUCCCAGCGCCUCCCUGGUGCACCCCGCUCCGCUCGCUAUCCCACGCUCUGCGUGCACGAGGGGGGGGGUAGUUUACUGCUGUUGUUGUUGUUGUCACCUGUUGUCUGCUUCGUCGCUAUCAGCCCCAGCAUCGCUAGCAUUGUCUACCGCGUCACACAGGUGUGUAUGUGUGCGAACACAUUGCACGCAGGUGUGUUAUGCACGGGAAGCAUGCCGUACACCUGUGUGCAGUACGUUCACACACACUGUGUACUCACACCGUACACCUGUGGGCAGUAUGUGUACACACAGGCAGUAUGUGUACUCACACCGUACACCUGUGGGCAGUAUGUGUACACACAGGCAGUAUGUGUACUCACACCGUACACCUGUGUGCAGUAUGUAUACACACAGGCAGUAUGUGUACUCACACCGUACACCUGUGUGCAGUAUGUAUACACACAGGCAGUAUGUGCACUCACACCGUACACCUGUGUGCAGUAUGUGUACACACAGGCAGUAUGUGUACUCACACCGUACACCUGUGGGCAGUAUGUGUACACACAGGCAGUAUGUGUACUCACACCGUACACCUGUGUGCAGUAUGUAUACACACAGGCAGUAUGUGUACUCACACCGUACACCUGUGUGCAGUAUAUAUAUACACACAGGCAGUAUGUGUACUCACACCGUACACCUGUGUGCAGUAUGUGUACACACAGGCAGUAUGUGUACUCACACCGUACACCUGUGUGCAGUAUGUAUACACAGGCAGUAUGUGUAUACACAGGCAGUAUGUGUACACACACACAGUAUGUGUACUCACACCGUACACCUGUGUACAGUACGUUCACACACAGUAUGUGUACUCACACCGUACACCCGUGUGCAGUAUGUGUACACACAGGCAGUAUGUGUACUCACACCGUACACCUGUGUGCAGUAUGUAUACACACAGGCAGUAUGUGUACUCACACCGUACACCUGUGUGCAGUAUGUAUACACACAGGCAGUAUGUGUACUCACACCGUACACCUGUGUGCAGUAUGUAUACACACAGGCAGUAUGUGUACACAGGCAGGAUGUGUACUUAUACCGUACACCUGUGUGCAGUAUGUAUACACACAGGCAGUACGUGUACACACAGGCAGUAUGUGUACUCACACCGUACACCUGUGUGCAGUAUGUAUACACACAGGCAGUAUGUGUACACACACCGUACACCUGUGGGCAGUAUGUGUACACACAGGCAGUAUGUGUACUCACACCGUACACCUGUGGGCAGUACAUAUACACACAGAAAGUAUGUGUACUCACACCGUACACCUGUGUGCAGUAUGUAUACACACACGCAGUAUGUGUACUCACACCGUACACCUGUGUGCAGUAUGUAUACACACAGAAAGUAUGUGUACACAGGCAGGAUGUGUACUUAUACCGUACACCUGUGUGCAGUAUGUAUACACACAGGCAGUACGUGUACACACAGGCAGUAUGUGUACUUACACUGUACACCUGUGUGCAGUAUAUAUACACAGGCAGUAUGUGUACUCACACCGUACACCUGUGUGCAGUAUGUAUACACACAGGCAGUAUGUGUACUCACACCGUACACCUGUGUGCAGUAUGUAUACACACAGGCAGUAUGUGUACUCACACCGUACACCUGUGUGCAGUAUGUAUACACACAGGCAGUAUGUGUACACACACCGUACACCUGUGGGCAGUAUGUGUACACACAGGCAGUAUGUGUACUCACACCGUACACCUGUGGGCAGUACAUAUACACACAGAAAGUAUGUGUACUCACACCGUACACCUGUGUGCAGUAUGUAUAUACACAACUAUAUGCUGCGGGAGACGCAUUGUGCACACAGGUAUAUGUCAGCCAGUGUACAUGCACAAGUGACCGCGCACCUGUGUCCAGCACGUGUACAGGUGUGUAUGUAUGUGCAUACAGGUAAGUGUAUGUAAGUAAUUAUAUAUUAACUGUUUGCACGUACAGGCAUAACUCUUUUUCUUUACGGUGUAGAGUUGUGUGUGUACAGGUAUGGGCAUGUAUGUAUGUUGAACUCCAUUCUCACCGUAUUUAGCCACCCGCACUAAUCGGGUGUGUUGUCUUAUGGGUGUGAUUGCAUAUCGGUGUGUGUACACGUUUAUGCUUGCAUGUAUGAUUGUGUACAUACACGAGUGUGUACUUAAAGGUAUAUAUGUAUAUACAGGUUUGUUUCUACAACCUAUGUGUUGUAGAAGUGUAGUGUUCUAGAUUUGAAGCUUUCGUGACUGCAAGGAUUCAUACUCUGUUUUUUUCGGUAAAGUCACGUAGGUAAAAUAAAAUAAAUGAUGAUGAUUUAAUUUAGUUGUUUUAAUUUAUUUUAUUUUACAUACGUGACUUUACCGAAAAAACCAAAGCGUAAGUGUAGUGUUUUUCACUGAGGCACACACUUGACUUGCAGGCAACACGUUUAUUACACAUCCCCAACAGAGCCAACUACAUAAACGGACACACGUUAACUAGACCCCAACAGGGUAACCACAUAACCAGGUCAGUCAGUAACAUCCUGACUGACCCACAAUAUCGAGCGGAGAUCGGAGAGACGUAGCGCCGAGGGUUGAGUCCAGAGAACAGCCGCAAUCGAGGCUCGGGACUCGGCCUUUAUGGGCCGCGGCGUGGCCGGGCCCCGCCCUGGGCCGUGGCGUGGCCGGGCUCCGCCCUUGGCCACACCCCCUUCCAGAUCCUUCCCGAAGACUCUGGCCCCUACAUCACAUGUCCCUCUCUCCCCCUUUUGGGCUCCCCUUGCCACCCCAUCCGGUCACGUGCCCUCUCGGGGUCACCCAGACUGUCAUGUCCUCACUCGACCUUUCUCUCACUGUCACCACGACUAUGCCCCCUCGGGCCUGCUUCCAUGGCAUACCCAUUCUGGUGUCCGAGAGAGGCUCAAGACACACAGCUCCACUCUUGUGAUGGGAGCUGGCGCGAUCCGCCAUAGUGACUACAUCACCCCCCCCCCCCCCCC